UAAUAUUCAUAUUAAUGUGUCGAGUUGAAUUUAUUUUUAAUAUUAAAGAAGAGAAGAAACUAUUAAUUAGAAAAAUAAUUUUUGAUUAAUUAGCAGAAUUCAUUAGAAUUCAGGUGAUUCAAAUAAUUUUAAUUAAACAUUUUUUUUUGUUGUUGUUUCAAUCGUAUUCAGCAUUGUGAUCCGGUUAUUUUUGCAAAUAAAAUUUUUUCUUUGACAAAAAUAUAUGUUGGACAUUGAAAAUUUUUGAAAAUAUUUAAUUUAAAAAUUUAAUUUGGAGAAAAAUAUCAAUUACUUGUUGGAUCUGUUGAAUAUACAAUAUUUUUCUUUUUACAACACAAAAAUAAAAUAUUGAAAAAUAUUGAAAAUCAUAAGAAAUGGCUAAAAAUAAAUUAAUAUUGGGUAGUUUAAUUGGAUUUUUAUUGAUUCUAAUACGAAUCAUUGCUGUACGUGGUAUCAUCGAUAGAUUAGUUGUACAAACAAGUAGCGGUCCAGUACGUGGUCGUUCUGUAACAGUACAGGGUCGUGAAAUUCAUGUUUAUACUGGUAUACCAUUUGCUAAACCACCAGUUGAUGGAUUAAGAUUUCGUAAACCGUUACCAGCUGAACCAUGGCAUGGUGUAUUAGAUGCAACACGUUUACCAAAUACUUGCAUUCAAGAACGAUAUGAAUAUUUCCCUGGAUUUCAAGGUGAAGAAAUGUGGAAUCCUAAUACUAAUAUAUCUGAAGAUUGCCUUUAUUUAAAUGUAUGGGCUCCAGCGAAAGCACGUUUAAGACAUGGUAGAGGAACCGCAGAGUUCCAUUACGGUAAAGAAGAACAUAAUCAAAAUUCAACUGGAUUACCAAUGUUAAUAUGGAUUUAUGGUGGUGGAUUUAUGAGUGGUUCAUCAACAUUAGAUAUUUAUAAAGCAGAAAUUUUGUCAGCUGUUGGUAAUGUUAUUGUUGCAUCAAUGCAAUAUCGUGUUGGUGCAUUUGGAUUUUUAUAUUUGGCACCAGAAUUAGAAGGUUAUGAGGAAGAAGCACCUGGUAAUAUGGGAUUAUGGGAUCAAGCAUUAGCUAUAAGAUGGUUAAAAGAUAAUGCAAAAGCAUUUGGAGGUAAUCCAGAUAUGAUAACAUUAUUUGGGGAAUCAGCUGGUGGUAGUUCAGUUAAUUUACAUUUGUUGUCACCGAUAACAAGAGGUAUAGUCAAACGUGGUAUAUUACAAUCUGGUACAUUAAAUGCACCAUGGAGUCACAUGAGUUCUGAAAGGGCACUAGAAAUUGGUAAAGCAUUAAUAAAAGAUUGUAAUUGUAAUUCAUCACUAUUAACGGAAUUUCCACUUGAAGUAAUGGCAUGCAUGAGAACAGUCGAUGCUAAAACAAUUUCUGUACAACAGUGGAAUUCAUAUUCAGGUAUAUUAGGCUUUCCAUCUGCACCUACAGUUGAUGGUGCAUUUAUGCCAUCUGAUCCAAUUACAAUGUUAAAAGAAGCGGAUUUGCAUGGAGUUGAUAUACUCGUUGGUAGCAAUAAAGAUGAAGGAACCUAUUUUCUUCUGUACGAUUUCAUUGAUUAUUUUGAUAAAGAUGAAGCAACACUUUUAACAAGGGAUAAAUUCAUAGAAAUUAUGAAUACAAUCUUUAAUAAAGUAACUGAACCGGAAAGAGAAGCAAUCAUAUUUCAGUAUACCGGAUGGGAAAGUGGUAAUGAUGGUUUUAAUAAUCAAUAUCAAGUUGGACAAGCUGUUGGGGAUCAUUUCUUUAUAUGUCCGACAAAUGAAUAUGCAAUUGGAAUGGCUGAGAGAGGAGCUAAUGUUCAUUAUUAUUAUUUUACUCAUCGAACAAGCACUUCAUUGUGGGGUGAAUGGAUGGGUGUUUUACACGGCGAUGAAAUUGAAUACAUUUUUGGACAACCAUUAAAUCAAUCUCUACAAUAUAUUCAACGUGAACGAGAUCUGAGUAAACGUAUGGUAUUGGCUGUUAGUGAAUUUGCAAGAACAGGAAAACCUGGUAUUGAUGACGAUCAUUGGCCAUUAUAUAGUCAUGAUAAUCAAAUGUAUUACAUAUUUAAUGCUGAUGAUCAUACAAAUAAAAGAAAAGAAGAUAAAGUUGGACGUGGACCAAUGGCAACAGCAUGUGCAUUUUGGAAUGAUUAUUUACCAAGGCUUAGAAAUUGGGCAGAACCGAUUAUGUGCAACGAUCUAGAAAAACGAAUAUCAUCAUCAGUCAGGCAUACACCCGAUUCAAUAGUUUUAUUAUUAAUAAAUUUAAUAGUAUAUAUUUUAUUAAAAUAAAAGAAAAACAAAACAACAACAAUUACUAAUUAUUAAAUAAAAUAUUUAAAAAAUUUAAAUUAAUUGUGAAUUAAAAAAUACUUGUAUUUAUAUUUAUAUACAUAUAUAUGUAUAUGUAUCUAUAUUUACUUGUAUUAAUUGUAUAAUGUAUAUGUGUGUAGUAAUCAUAUCAUAUAUAUUGAAUAUUUAUAAUAUUACUAUACAAAAUUUAAUCAAUCAUUUAAAGAACAAUAUUUUAAAUAAAGCCUAUUUAGAAAACAAAAACAGGAUAAUAAAAACUAACAAAGAAAAACCAAACAAGGAAAUAGUGAACGGAAUUUUUUAAUUUAAUAUUUUUAAAUGCAAAGGAAUUUUGAAUAUGAAACCAAAACAAUUUGUUGUAAUAAGGAACUACAAUAAAUACAAUAUUACAUACAUAUAUGUAAUUGAAAAUCAUUUUAAAAAUUGGUUAUAAUGAUAUUUUAAAAAUACUUUAAUCCUUUAAUAUAGAAAAUCCUGAAAAAUACAAAAGCAAAAUUUGAUAUGUGAAAAAAUUCAUAUUAAAAUAUUAUAAAAUUUAUAUAAAACUGAAAUAAGAAAUAAGAUAAACAUAACAAAAAUAUAUUUAUAU